CCGCAUCAACCUUAGAUUUUAAACGCUGAGGCGAUUUAUGGGCAUAGGCUAUGACGUUUCCAUACUGUGCCUCGCGUGUGUGUGGGUGUGUGUUUGUGUGUGUGUUUGUGUGUGCGUGUGUGUGACCGCGUAUUGUGUGCGCGCCUCCCCGACGCUCCACAGCCCCGUGGAGCUGUUGUUCCCAGAGAGAGCCAGGAGGACAAUCAGACGGACUGCUGGAUUAGAGCGAGAAGAGAGAAAGUGCGAUCAUCACACAUCCACUUUUUACUUUCUUGGGUUUUUUUUUCUCUCGAGCUUUCAGUGAUUUUUGCUUUGUUUCCGCGGUGGCGCACAGACCGGUAUGGAUUUAUCAUUGACUAGACAAGACACGCCGUCUAGUCCGCCACCAAAGUUUUGAUUGUCAUCGGUGCCUCUCGACCGGAGCAGGGGAAAGCGCUAAACUUUAUGUGGAAACCGGUGACCACAUGUGAGGACAUUUGGAGACAAACAUUUGUCUGAGAGUAUAUUCGCUGCUGUAGUAGCCCGUAUCUCUCAUGGGGUGACCCACAUAGAGCUCCUGAGACGUGACUGUGGGACAGGCAGUCUCCCUCCCAGCCUUGGCCCUCUUCCUGUCCUUUCCUUAAAGGCAAUGAUUAUCGGCUUAGACACUGUGCAUAACUCCACUGUGUGAAUGAAUCUUUGCUGUAAAGCCGCUGUGCUCUACCACCCUGUCACCAUGAAGAACAAGUAUUCCCAGUACUACAAUCGGACUCUGAUCCCCUCUUAUUAUGCAUUUGCUAAAAACAUGACCAUCCAGGACCUGCACAAACGCAGUGAGGAUAAAAAGGUGCUAACCAACCUCAACAUUGUCAUCGUGGUACUCUGCACCAUCAUCAUUCUGGAGAAUCUCCUGGUCCUCAUUGCUGUCUGCCGCAACAAGAAGUUCCACUCUGCUAUGUUUUUCUUCAUUGGCAACCUGGCAUUCUCAGAUCUGCUGGCAGGCUCGGCUUACAUAGCCAACAUUUUUCUAUCUGGGUCAAAGACCUUUGAGCUGGUACCCGUGCAGUGGUUCAUCCGGGAGGGCACGGCAUUUAUUGCUCUGGCAGCUUCAGUCUUGAGCUUGCUGGCGAUAGCUAUAGAGCGAUAUAUUGCCAUCACCAAGGUCAAGGUGUAUGGCUCCAACAAAACGUGCCGCAUGUUCCUCCUUAUAGGAGCUUGCUGGGUUACCUCCAUCCUGCUUGGAGGACUUCCCAUCAUCGGCUGGAACUGUAUUAACAACCUUCCUGAAUGCUCAGCCGUGUUGCCACUCUACUCAAAGAAAUACAUCCUCUUUGUUGUCACCAUUUUCAGCCUGAUACUACUCUCUAUUCUCAUUCUCUAUGUGAGGAUCUAUUUGAUUGUACGCUCCAGCCACCAGGAAGCGACCAACUCACAGGCCUAUGCCCUUUUGAAAACAGUCACCAUAGUGCUGGGUGUCUUCAUCAUGUGCUGGCUGCCUGCUUUUACCAUCCUCCUCCUAGAUUCAUCCUGCAGGAUACAGUUAUGCCCUAUCCUCUCCAAAGCAGACAUCUUUUUUGGCUUUGCCACUCUGAACUCAGCACUUAACCCAGUGAUCUACACACUGCGCAGUAAGGACAUGAGAAAAGAGUUUCUGCGUGUGUUGUGCUGCUGGGGGGUGCUGCAAAGUGGACGACCAGCUGACCGCUGUCUGGUCCCUCUAAGGAGCUCCAGCUCUCUGGAACACUGCACCAACAAACAUGAACACCAGACCACACCCAUCAUGCAAGAUUGUACCACCUGUGUCUGAUGUGGUGCAAACGCAUCAGGGUGCUUGUGUGCGCGUGUGUGUAUGUAUGUGUGCACGUGUGUGUGUAUCAAGUAGAGAGACUGUGAUGAGACAAAGAGAUAUAAAAAAAAAGAAGCAAGCACAUCCUGAACAAAGAUGUCUGGCAUUGUGUUCUACAAUCCAGACUUUUUCGUAUUACAAUCAAAACUGUGUGAAUCCACAAUCAGCGUUUAAUCGACUCACCCAUGCAGGGGAGUAAAAAACAUUCAAAUUUCAGAAAUGUGAAAAUAGCUUUGUCAUGGGUACUCUGAUAAAUUAACAUGGAGUUGCAAACCAUUUUCAUGUAUAUGCCUGUCUUGCUUUUGUUUUUCUUUCUUAACAUGUAAACCCAUAUUAGAAGCCAAAAAACAGAAUUAUAAUGUGUGUGAUAUCACACCUCUGGUGAACUAUUUUGGGCCUAUGCAUCUGCAUCAGUACAAAGGUCGCAAAGUCACACUUUGUAGAUUUCUCCAGAGAUUGUUGUCCUUUAUAAGAAUUAACCACAGUACUCUUUCACUGAUAUAUGUAUACAUUAGGCCUACAUAUUUAUCACUAAUUCUUUGCAGAACCGGAGGCAGUGAUCAACUUCACUCAGCACUGCAUUCCAUAGAAGCCAAAUUAUUACUCCCUCAAUAAAACCAGGGCUAUAUAUUCCCUAUAUAACCUUGCUUAAAAUCAUUUGAUUAAGUACAACAAACUUACAUAAUCUGCUUACAUUUAAUGCAUGAAAUUCUAACUCAUUUGUUAGUGCUAAUGUUUAAGAUAUAUUCCAGCUCCAGCUUCCAUCACUAACACCCCUUCCCUCAUUUGUCCUCAUAAUCUGUCCCUCUUGCUUUUACUGUUGUCUUUUGUAUCUUAACAGUUUCCUUUGAGGAAGGCCUAAUCAGAAAGCACAUUUCCUGAAGUGAGUUGGCACUGAUGAAUUUUACUCAAUGACAGUUGUCCAGACUAAUGGGACCAAUGUCCUGACAGUGUUGUAGCAACGUACUGGCAAUGUACUGUUUCUGUUUGUGCCUUCCUCUUGGGGAAUUAGGCUGAAUGUAUGUAUGAAGUGUUUGGGGCAGGCGCUCCAUUGUUGACAGUAUUAUUGAUCAUCAUUUUGAAUUACCAAGUGAGCAAAGAGUGGGAUGAACAGGGUCCGUCAAUCUCACUGUGAAGUCUUAAAUAGCACCACAAACAAUAAUUUGUUGAAUUUGAACAUCCUGGUUUAAUCUGCUAGCCAUAUGCCUUGUGCAGCUAAAAGUGUUAAUACGUCUCAUCUUUCCAAAGACGCCUACAAAAUGGGAGAAGAUCCGGUUUCAAAGGCAAGGCAAAGGGGGGGGGGGGGUCUGCCCCCUGGGAGGUCAGCUUCAUCCUCAUUCUCUGACUUCCUACAACACGCAACUUCCUUCAGUCAUAGGAAGUCCUGUUUUUCAUUGUCCGGUUCCUGUUGUUCAGGGUUAAACUAGCCUUCUUCCUGUAGACACACAUUUAAAAACUCUUCUCUUCCUCAGUGUUUUCUUGUUGACUUUUACAUUUAGAUGGCCAAGUAGAAAUGGUGAAAAGCACUUUGGCAGCUUCAGUGACGUUUGCUUUCUCCCAGUUUUUUUUUCAGAUGGAGAGGUGUUUUAAUCUGUGUACCUAUCACUUCAUUGUGUUGCCUGACUAUGUUUUUUUAUUAUAAAUAUAUAAAUAACUAUGUAUGUUUGUAAGUAUGUUGUACGUAUCUUUGUACAGUUUGUAUAAUUUGUGUUGUAUGAAAUGUCCUGUGUGCAAUAGCCUUGUGUGUCCAGUAGCACGCUGCCUGUGUUAAAUCGGUACAAUCUGAAACACUAAUGUAGGUACAUAAACGUUUGUUAAUUGCAUUCCCUUUUUAUAAAAUAAAAAAAAAUACUGACAGAA